AUGGACCAAAAUAUUAAGGCUAAGAGUACAAAAUCUACUUGCAAUGUCUCUAGUGAAAAUGACUCAAAAGUAGAAAUUGUCAGGCGUUACAGAGAAUUAUGUCGGUUGCAUACUCAGUUAGCAACACGAGCAUCAGAGUCGAAAGAUGCAUAUGAAACUGCUAUAUUAGGACUUAACAAUACGUUGAGAGAUGUGGAUGCGUGUUUGAAGAAGAAAGCAAGUCAAGAACCAACUCAGGUGAUCUCAAAAACUACCAGUGCAUCUAAGCUUAAUGAGUAUAUUUGUAUUGACGAUGAUAUCAUUAAAGUUAGAGGAAUCAAAACUAAGACCAAAGUUGUUGGCAAUUCUAAAAGGCCAAAGAAUGCUUUGGAAAAGCUCACAAAGAAGAAAAAGCCUCGAAAUAAAGAAGAAUGUGCUCUAUUGGAACAGGAACCUGAUUCUCACAAUGAGACUAUUCACAUGCCAACCCAAUCUCAAGCAACAAUGGAUAUUUCACAGGCAGAAUUACCACAAGAAGAAGAAUUAAGCUUACUGAGCUCUGAAGGACUAGACUUGCUGAACUCUGAAUUGACAUGCAGUGCCAAGACACAUGAUAUGUGCGUCCAAGAUGUUGAAUGA